AUGUCUUAAUAUAGGCCAUAAAGAAUCAAUGUUUCUCGAACUACAUAGCCAUAAUAAGAUAGUUUAUUAUUAGAUAAUGAACAAUUGAAGAGUCCAUAAUUUGCUUAAGAAUAAAGGUAAGAACUUAAUGUAUAUAAAUUAAUUUCAUAGUACUCUACCUAGAAGUACUUAUAGAACACCAGAUGCAAGAGUUAAUCAUUUUGAUGGUAUAUCAAAUGAAGAAAUAUAUAAGAAAAAGUAUAUAGAAAACUUAUUAUAGAAUAAAUGAAUUGUAAAGAUAAAAUGAUGAUUUAAGAGAAAAGUAUUUAUAGGUAUCAAGUGAAAAUUAAGUGAUAAUAUAAGAAUAAAGAGAAGAAAUUGAACAAUAUUAAAAUGAGGUUAAUAUAUUGAAAGAGUAAUUAAUGUAAAAGGAAAUUGAAAUGAAAUAGUUAAAUGAUUUAAAUCAAUCUUUAAAAUAAGAAAUUAGUGAUUGGGAGGGUAUUAUUAUAACUUAAUCAAUAUUCAAUAGUUGGUUUUGAUAAAUUGGAAUAAGAUUAUAAUCAUAAACUAAAAAUUGAAGAUGAUUCUUAAAGAAUAUUAUAAGAAGUGUAACUAUUGAAUGAAGAAAAUUAGAAAUUGUAAGAAGAAUAUCAAGAAAAAGAUAGAUUAUAUAAUUAAUGCAAAUAAUAAUUAUAAAGUAUUCAAAUUGAUUUGAAUCAAUUGUAAUAAGAUAGUUAGUACAAUCAAGAAUUAUUGAUUUAAAAAGAUAGGGAAAUUCAUGAACUCAAAUAAUAGAUUGAAAGGAAUAAGGAACAAUCAAGAAAACAAUAAGAAUUUUCAAAUAAAGUAUAUAAUUUUUAUUAUAAAUUUUAAGUAAGAUCUAUUGACUAAGGAAGUAUAAAAGUUGAAUCAAUAAGUAAAAUAAUUGUAAAAGGAAAAUUAAGAUUUGAAGAAUGAAAAAUAAUUAAUUUCUUUGGAACUAUAAGAAAAUAGAGCAAAUCCUGAAUAUUUGAGCAAAAUCAAUCUUUUAGGAUAGGUAUAUCAAUUCUAUAAUAUCAGGAAGUUGAAAGAUUAAAUAAUACAUUAGCAUUAAAGAGUCGAGAAUUAAAUGAUUAUAAAGCUUAGAUUAAUAGAAUGCAGAAAGAAAUCUAAAAUUUAAGAAUGAAUGAAUUUCAAUUACAAGAUAUGAAUAUGAGUUUGGAUAACUUAAUUAAUCAAUAUAAUAAAUUGAAAGAUGACAAUUAAAUACUAAAAUAAUAAAUAUCAUAAAAAUAAAAUAAAAUCAAUACAGAAUUGGAUAAGAAAAUUUAAAUACUUUAAUAAGAAUGUGAAAAACUUUCAUUAUAACUCAAUUCUAGUAAAAAAGAGAAUGAUUAUUUAAGAGAAUAAUUAAAUAUAUCAUCUUAAUUGGAAGAUACAAAUAGAUUAUUAAAAUCCUAAGUAGAUAAAUUAUAAAUGUAAACUAAAUAGCUUGAAAAUGAAAGAUAAAGUUUAAUGCAAGAAUAUCAAUUACUAUCAAAUAGUUACAAUAAUUAAAAGUUUAAUUAUUCCUAACUACUACAAGAAUAAUAAGAAAACAAUGAUUCAGUAUUGUAUAUUAAUUAACACAAAAUAGGUUCUCCAAUUAAAAAAUGAAAUAUAAAGAUUAUAAAAGAUAAUGCAAGAUACAGUUGAGAAAAACCCAAAUAAUUGUAAUCAUUAAGAUAUUAUAUAAUAAUAAUAAAAAGAUUUAGAAACAGCUAAUAAAUAAAUUCCUUUAUUGAAAUAAACAAUUUAAAAGUUAAAAAAUGAAUUAGAUAUAACAAAAGAGUUUAUUACUUAAAAUCAAUAUGAAUAAUCAUAAAGUCAAAUAGAUUUUAAUAAUUAAAAGAAUAAAGAAAGACUGUAAUAGCCUAUAAUUUAAUAGGAUUAAAAAUUGAUUGAUAAAUUAUAGAAAUAUGAAAUAAGAUUUCCUCAAUUAGUAGAAGAAAUAGAGAGACUUAAUAAAAUAUUGACAGAAAGAAAUGAAGAAAUAUUGAUUUAUAAAAAGAAUUCUUUUUAAUCUGAUUAAGUAUUAGAGAAGGUAAAUGCAUAUGAAGGAGAAAUAGAGAGAUUAAGAUAGACAAUACUAUUAAAAUAAUAAACAAUAGAUUCAUUAUAAUAAUAGAAAGAGAAUCCUGGUGUUUAAGAUUUAAUUUUUAAAUUAUAAGAUGAAAAUAGAAGAUUAACAAAUUUAGUAAGUGUUAGGAAUAAUGAGAUUGCUGAACUUAAAUUUAAAUUAUCAGAAUAUGAAUAGAAAUAAAAAUUAUUAAGUGAAUCUAAUUCUGGGAAAUAUGAAUUAUAGAAUAUGAUAUUAAAUUAGGAAAUUGAUUAAUUGAAUUAGAAAUUAUUAGAUGCAAAGAAUGAAAUAAGUUUAUUAAAAUUAACAAAAAAUGAUAAAUUUAAUGAAGAAAGAGUAAUAGAUUAUAUAAAUUAUAAUUAGGGGAAAGUAUUAACAUAAGAAUUAGAGAAAUAAAUAAGGAUUAAUAAGGAGAAUGAAAAAGAAUUAUUGAGUUUAAGAUCUAAAUUUGCAGAAGUUGUAGAUGCUGAAAGAAAAUUAAUUGAUUGCAAAUGUCUAUUAGUAUUAUUGUAUAAUGAAAUAGAAAGACUGAAUUAAGAAAAAUAAAAUGAUAAUUUGUUAUUUUGAAUUUAUAUUUAUUUAAUUAACAGCUAUGGAAAAUAAUAGAUUUUAUUCAAAUCAAUCAUGUUAAAGAGAAUUAGAGUAACAACUUAAAGAUUCAUUUUUAGAAAUUAAACUCUUAAAAUAAGAGAACAAAUAUUUGUAAUUGAUUGAUUUAAUUAUUAAAUAGAUCAUCUACUUUUGAUGAAUUUAAAUUAAAAUAAGAAGAAACUAGAAAAUUGUAAUCUUUAGUAGUUGAAUUAGAAUAAAGAGUAUUAUCUUUAGAAGAAGAUAAUGCUAAAUUGGAAGCUGAAAUAGGAUAUCUGUAAAAAUAUUAAAUAAUAUUUAUUAGAAGAGGAUUUUCAUAAAGCAAAGAAAUUUAAGUGAAUUAAAAAGCUAGUUAUGCAUAAUUAGAAUAAGAAUUAUAAGAUUUAUAGAUAUAUUUAAGAAAAUUUAUAUAGUUAUAAGAAUUGUAAGUUAUUUAAAAUAUUUGUUAUAGUUUGAUUGAACAAGUACCUAAUAUUAAUUUAUAAUUAUGUUGGAAAGAAAUUAAUUAGAUAUUUAAAAAUUAAUUUAAUACUAACUAAUAAAUUUAGAAUUUGUAAGAUGAAUUAAAAUUAAUUGAAACGACUUAUAAAGAACUUGUUCAUUCUAAAGAUAAUAAUUUGACAUCUUUAUAAGAAAUGGCUAAAUGUAUAAAUAAAUUAUAUAAUUUAGAAUAAAGUAUUAGAGAAUCUAGAGUAGAAAUAGAGAGAAUAAGAAAAGAAGUUUAAUUAAAAUAGAUGGAUGUAAAGUAAUCAGAAACUAAAUUAAGUGAUUUAUAAAAUGAAUUUACUUAUAUUAGUAAAAUAGAAACAAGAAAAAACAAUGUUUAAUUAGAAGCUGAAAAAUAAUUAAUUGAAUUUAGAAGAGGUAUUUCUACUACUAAAAAUUCUAAUCAUAAUGUAUCAUUAUUAAGAGACACAUUCAAAGAAAGAGAUACUUAUAAAGAAAUGAUACCUGAGAGAUUAAGAGAUUAAUCAGAUGUACUUCCAGUUACUUCUUCAAUAAAGAGAUUGAAUAGACCCUAUAUUGAAAUAAAUGAUAGAUUUGAUGAUUAUCAAGAGGCAACCAAAACUCCAAUUGAAAAAACCAUUGAUUAAACUAGAAAGAAAUUAAGUCGACAAUUAAGUUAAGCAAGUAGUCUUCGUGAUUAAAAAUAUAUUUGAU